AUGUUCCUCUUCACUUUGGUGCUGGUGGUGCUGUUUCUACCGGAAGCUGACAACCUGAAAUGUAGAUGUGAAUCUGGCCGCUAUGUAAAUUGCUAUGCAGAAACAACUGAAUGUCCCUCAAAGAACUAUAGUUGUUCAGUAGCAACACACGUCACAAGUCAAGGUGGUGCAAAUGUUACAGAGCACAACUCCAAAGGUUGCAUUCCGUCUGAACUGUGUCUUAAUUACUCUGUCAACUAUGGAGCUUACAGAAUUGUACAAAACAGCAAGUGCUGCAGUGAAGAUCUCUGCAACGCCCAGAUUAACUACACAAAACUUGAUUCCACUAUAAAUGGAAAAAAGUGCUACAGCUGUGAUGAAGAAAACUGCAUGAAAACCAUUAACUGUGCAGGGGAUGAAAACUACUGCGCUAAAUUAACAGGACAUGCAGAAGGAAUAAGUUUCAUGAUGAAGGGAUGUGCCUCUGAGUCGGUGUGCUCAGAUAAUUUUUCUUCAGUGUUGAAUCAGUUCACUUUACGGCCCCCUGGAGCAAAGGUUAGCUGCUGCCAGGGCAACUACUGCAACGGCGCUAGCAGCACCAUCAGCACCAGCAGCACCAGUCCCACCCUGCUGCUCCUGUUGGUGCCUCUGUUGUUUUCUAACUUAUUUUCUUAGCUCACAGAAGCUACUGAAUUGCUGCCAUGUUUUCUUUUUAAUCACAAUUCAUUUUAUAAACCUGUUCUUUUUAUUUGAUUCUAUAGCUUGGUUAGCUAAGCAACAUUUUAUAAUCAACAACAUCCUCUAUACUUUGUUGUUCUAUACUAAAAUAAUCUUCCUCAAUAAACACAAUUUUUUUUAAUUCUGG